GCGGAUCUUGAGCCUUGAGCAACGGGACGAUCUAGAGGUUCCCCGCCCCUCUCCUUCAGCGUUGCACCGAGUCGCGCUCCUGUGUGCUUGCGCGCGUGUCUCUGUGUGUGUAUAGAAAGAGGAGUCUGUUGCUGCAAGGGUUAGCGCAGAGGAACCGAGGUGCUGGGCCUCUAAACCCGGGCAAGAGAAUGAUUCGAAGGGUUAGAGUCACCAUCCGCGUGGGCAGAGCUUGUCGACCCCACCGCAUCAGGACUUUCGUGGCAAAGAUAGUGCAGGCGCUGUGCCUGGCAUCAGCCAGCAGCAAUCAAGCGUUACCCUUCCAAGUGCUGCUGAUAGUGAGGAGGAAACGUGAUCGUGGAAGACCAGGUCAUGAUGAUGGGCAGUGUGCGCGUGGCAGAGCUCCUGCUGCAGCACGGAGCGGACCCCAACACCCCAGACCCGACAACCCUGGCUCUACCAGUCCACGACGCUGCCCGGGAGGGCUUCCUGGACACUCUGAUGCUGCUUCACCGGGCAGGAGCACGGUUGGACGUCAGGGACUCGCUGGGUCGCCUCCCCGUGGACCUAGCCGAGGAACAGGGACACCACCUCGUGGUUACAUAUCUGCGCGAGGUGGUGAAGGGAGGACUGAAAUCCACGAUCCAGCAUGUAGAAUAGGAUCCUCCAGAUUUCGAUGUCCUCCAUAAACUUGGCUCCUUAGACAGCUGGUAAACUGAAGAGUCCCAAGAAAGGGCUUCCUGCCCUCCCUCUUCCCUGGAGCAACUUCAGAAGGCUUAGUUACUUAUAUUGUGUCUUGCUUUGCCUUCAACUAAAUCUUGUUUGGCAUUUCCAUAUUUGUUGAAGGCAAAUUUUUUAAUAAACUUGCUUCUCUCUGAGGCCCUGAAA